AGCACGUACGCAAGAGGCAAGACGGAUCGAGACUACGACGCCGAUCCUAGCUAGCUCUCCCGUUUCUGCUCGCAAGUCACACACAGCUCCGGUAGAUCCGCCCCUCGCCUCUGGGCUCCAGGAAGAGAUUAGCUUCAGACGGCAGGGAUCGAUACUAGCAAGCAAGCAUGGCGCACGACUUGUGCGAGGACUUGGAGCUCGUCGCCGACGACGGCGGCUUCGAUGACUACUACUGGGACGACGACUUCCAUUUCCACGACGACGACGGCUUCUCCGCCUCCCCUACGACCCCCGCCAGCGUUGGUGCGCCCCGCCAGCAGCAGCAGCAGCAGCAGAUGGGUGAUAUUUCAGCCUCGGACUACAAAGAAGGCGAAGACAUGCAGGGGAUACCCUGGGAAAGGCUCAACUACACCAGGGACCAGUAUCGUCGGAUGAGGCUCAAAGAGUACAAGAGCUACCAGAACCUCACGAGGUCGCACAGCGGCCUACAACAACAGGAACGCAAACAGGUGGAGAGGAAGGACACAUUCUACGAUUUCCAUCUGAACACGAGAGCCGUCAAGUCAACGAUAGUGCAUUUCCAGCUGAGGAACCUCCUGUGGCCUACAUCGAAGCACGACGUGUACCUGGUGCAGAGCUACUCCGUGACGCACUGGUCUGCCCUGCUCCGGAGAGGAAGAGAGGUUCUCAACGUGGCCGGCCGGUUGGCUCCGACCCAGAACGUGAAGGGGGCUGGACCGUUGUCGAGGGUUCAGAUCAGCGCCAUGGCUGUGAAGGACAACCUCAUGGUGGCCGGUGGCUUCCAGGGAGAACUCAUAUGCAAGUACGUUGAUAGACCCGGGGUGGCAUUCUGCACCAGCCUGACCGGUGGCAGCAGUUCCAUCACGAACGCCGUCGACAUCCACCAGGCACCCAGCGGCGCCACGCGAGUGAUGGCGGCGAACAACGACUGCGUCGUCAGGACGUUCGACGCCGAGAGAUACAGCCUUCUCACGCAGCUCACCUUCCCGUGGUCCGUCAACAGCACGUCGGUGAGCCCCGACGGCAAGCUGCUGGCGGUCCUGGGCGACAGCACGGAGUGCGUGGUCGCCGACCCGCAGUCGGGCAAGGCGGUGGCGACGCUGCGCGGGCACCUGGACUACUCCUUCGCGUCGGCGUGGCACCCCGACGGCCGCGUCCUGGCGACGGGGAACCAGGACGCGACGUGCCGGCUGUGGGACGCGCGCAGCCUGUCGGAGCCGUUCGCCGUGCUCGGGGCCCGGAUCGGCGCCGUCCGGGGCCUCCGCUUCUCCCCCGACGGCAGGUUCCUGGCCGCGGCCGAGGCCGCCGACUUCGUGCACGUGUACGACGCCGCGGCCGGGUACGCCGGCGCCGCGCAGGAGGUGGACGUGUUCGGGGAGGUCGCCGGCGCCGCGUUCAGCCCCGACGGCGAGGCGCUGUUCGUGAGCGUCGCCGACCGCACCUACGGCGGCCUGCUCGAGUUCCGACGCCGGCGGGCGGACCGCUACCUCGACGCGUGUUUCUUCUGAGGGAGAGGCGCGCGCGCGCGCCGUCUGUUGUGUACUGUGCAUGUGCCUGCCGGCGGGCGGCACGUAUACAUGUGGUGUGUUGUGUAGUGUAAAACGCAGAGUUUUGGUGCGUAUCGGACAGCGUACCGGCUGGAGACAACCUGGCCAGGGUGCUUUCAGGAGCUAGUAUCGCUUUCUUGUUUGUUUUGGACUUCGGGGGAAAAACACUUCAGAAUGGUGCACUCGGGUUGCCUUUAGGUACUACAAGCUUGCUAUAGAGAUGCUGUGUAUCAAUUCGUUAAUGUAAGAACUGUAAAAUACUUCUAAUACUUCUUCUGUCCUAAAUUAUAUUUUAUCUCUUUCCUAAAUUAUAACUAA